GAACAUAGGCUUAAUACUCAUUAAACUUUAAAAAACUGGAUUAUUUAAGGCAGGGAACUGAUUUGACUUGUUUCAUGAUCAAUCAGCCUGAAUUUCGACUUCCAAAAGUGGGCGGCGCCGACGGUGGGGCUUUGGAUUUGCGUUGAACACACAAUUCAUUCGCGAAUAUUGCGCUGUGCUUUUUGGCCCUCUGCGCUAUCCUUUUGGUGACAAACAAAAUGGCUGCCUCCAAGAGCGCAAUAAGCGCAAGUACUGCUAUUUCAAAAGCGGAAUAUUUAAAGCGCUAUUUAUCAAACGAUGAAGAUGGCAAGAGGUCAAAAGAGAAGAAAGUUAAGAAAAAACGCCCUAAAGUCGUCGGGAGAGGGAUGAAAAUUGUUGACGAUGACAUUGACUGGAGGGAACUGGCUAUGAACAAAGAAGAGAAGGAGAACAGGGAUGAAGAUGAGGAAGAGGAGGCACCUGUGAUUGCAGAAAUAAUAGAUGAGCGUCCGGACGAAGUCAAGCAACUUGAAGUCUUUAGAUCUAGUAACAAGUGGAAAGUUCUUGGAGCCACAAAUGAUGAAUCCCAAGAAGUCCUGCAUUCAGAAACAAGCUCAGAGGUCAAGGGGAGUAGAAGAACUCGACACGAUUCUCCUGAUAGUUCUCCAGUACGGAGAGGACGCCAUGACUCUCCUGAUAUCUCACCCAAGAGGAAGUCUCGGCAUGACUCUCCUGAUAUCUCACCCAAGAGGAAGUCUCGGCAUGACUCUCCUGAUAUCUCACCCAAGAGGAAAUCUCGUCAUGACUCUCCUGAUAUCUCACCCAAGAGGAAAUCUCGUCAUGACUCUCCUGAUAUCUCACCCAAGAGGAAAUCUCGUCAUGACUCUCCUGAUAUCUCACCCAAGAGGAAAUCUCGUCAUGACUCUCCUGAUAUCUCACCCAAGAGGAAAUCUCGUCAUGACUCUCCUGAUAUCUCACCCAAGAGGAAAUCUCGUCAUGACUCUCCUGAUAUCUCACCCAAGAGGAAAUCUCGGCAUGACUCUCCUGAUAUCUCACCCAAGAGGAAAUCUCGGCAUGACUCUCCUGAUAUCUCACCCAAGAGGAAAUCUCGGCAUGACUCUCCUGAUCUCUUUCCCAAGAGGAAGUCUCGGCAUGACUCUCCUGAUCUCUCUCCCAAGAGGAAGUCUCGCCAUGACUCUCCUGAUCUCUCUCCCAAGAGGAAAUCUCGCCGCGAUUCUCCAGACCUUUCACCUCCCAGACACAGAGCAGACACCAAACCCAGACGGCACGACUCUGCAUCGCCUUCUCCUCCCCGAAAAACACAAAAACACCAUCAUAAAGAUUCUCCACAGGGAGCAAAGUCCAAACCUUCUUCAACUGGACGUGACUCAGACCUUUCCCCAGCACGAAGACGCCCUAACACCAGACGGGACUCCGACUCUGAUCUGUCUCCCCCCAGAAAAAGAGCACAGGGGGGCAGGGGGUAUGAUUCUGACCUCUCUCCUCCCAGGAAGAGGCCACAGGAUAAGCGUGGAUCAGACUCAGAUCUCUCUCCUCCUCGUCGGGCUCGUGCUCCUGAUGCACAGACGGGGCCUCAAAUGUUAUCCGGUGGAGCUGCUGGUCUGGUGUCUUCUGAAACCUUGCGGAAAGAGCAGGAGGAAAUACGCCGGAGGGAAAAACUCAACCGCCCACUAGAAGAGGAGUCCCGUCAUGCAGAGACUAUUUUUCGAGAUAAAACAGGAAAGAAGCGUGACCUUGAAUCUGAACGUGUGGAGCAGAGCAGGAAAGCGGGGGAGAAGGCAGAGAAGGAUGAGAAAUAUGCACAGUGGGGCAAAGGACUGGCACAGAGGCAGAUGCAGGAGCAGAACGUGGCUGAUGCACUCAGAGAGGCUCAGAAGCCGCUGGCACGUCACAUUGAUGAUGAAGACCUUGACAAGAUGCUGAGGGAGCAGGAAAGAGAGGGAGAUCCAAUGGCUGCACUUCUGCGCAAGAAAAAGGAGAAGAAUGCAAAAACCAAAGGCAUCAAAGAUCAUCCUCGUUAUCGGGGUCCACCUCCACCCCCAAAUCGCUUCAACAUCAUGCCAGGAUAUCGUUGGGAUGGAGUAGACAGGUCUAACGGGUUUGAGCAGAAGCGCUUCACCAGAAUGGCGGAUAAGAAAGCUUCGCAAGAAGAAGCCUACAAAUGGAGUGUGGAGGACAUGUAGACAUUUAUCAGGACACGUGUGUGAGUGUGUGUGUAUGUGUGUGUGUGAGCAUGCUAGUGUGUACAUGUUGCUCUAAUUCACCAGCAUGGACCAGGUUGUCUAAAUGGACCUUCUGAUGAAAAUGUCAUUAAAUAUCAACUGCGACGAUCGACCAAAAUACAUGCAGUAGAUCUUGUGAGUUUUCAGCAGUUGUAUAUGUGUAUCUGUUUUACUUUGUGAGGUUUAUUAAAUGUGUGUUUUUUCUUAA